CUAUCGACUUCAUUUCCUGUGCAACUAUGGAUGGUAUUGUCGAGUCUUGUCCUCAAAACCUUACAGAUAUUAGAAAUGCAUCUACAAGACUGGGCUGUGGUCGUGACAAGUAUGGUAAUGAUCAGUAUAUCUGUCUCCCUAACAUAGAGAAGACUGGUCUGGUAGAACUUUGUCAUAAUGGAAUCAUGGGGAUAAUACAAAGAGGAUACUGUUUGGAGACAGCCGAAGGAAAACUGUUUCCAAGUGACUGCUCGAGGUUUUUAGCAGGCUGUCCAGAUGAUGCUUUCAGAAGCAAUGAAAAUUACAACUAUCCUGCAUGUCAACGAAUUAACACACAGGACCACUGCUAUCUUGCCGACCCCUCCUGUUCAGUAACAACACAGAAUAUUUUUUACGGAUCAGGAGUAUUUACAACUGAAAUAAGCUUAGACCUUGGCGUGUACAACACUACGGAAAUAAAUAAUCAAACAACCACAAUCCAGGAGUACGAAACCGCCGAUGUUGGUGCAAUAGUAGGAGGGCUGUCUCCUGGGGUGAUCAUCCUCAUCGUCCUCCUGUUCCUAGGAGUUCUGUGGAGAAGAAAACGAAGGAGGAAAAGCAAUACUAAAGAAUCAGAUCCAGGUAUACAUUGCUUUAUUUGA